AUUUUUACGUUUAUUUUGAUUGGUGAUUCCGAGUUCCGACCGGUAUAUAUCGGUCGGCGGCUGCUGGGGACUUGGUGAAACAGAAAUAGCCGAAGUUUCUAGAUUGAUUGCUCUGCUUUCUUGUUGUACCGUGCUCAGCGUAACGGUUGGUUGCUAAAUGAAUUGGAUUGGAUGACUACGUGAUCAGCAAGAUGAUGCUGUGCUGAUCUGGCAGCCAUAACUUUAAUUAUGGUAGUUUUUUUUAUCCCUGUAGUGGAGCGGGAAGUAAUUGUAAUGGAAGUUCUCCAAUAACAGUUUUGGGAGAGCUAUGGUUGUAUUAGAACCCUAAUUUUUUGUGUGGUGGUUUUGGAGAAGAAUGAGACUGUGAGGACAGGGGAUGGGUUUAUUGACAGGAGUAAAGUUAGGAUUUUGCUGUGUGAUAACGAUGCCAAAAGCUCGGACGAAGUUUUUACGCUCUUGUGCAAAUGUUCUUAUCAAGUGAUAUCAGUGAGGUCACCCAGACAGGUGAUUGAUGCAUUGAAUGCAGAAGGACCUCAUAUUGAUCUCAUCCUUUCAGAAGUUGACCUUCCUAUGUCUAAAGGAUUUAAGAUGUUGAAGUACAUUAUGAGGGAUAAGCAGUUGCGACGCAUUCCAGUGAUCAUGAUGUCAUCACAAGAUGAAGUCUCUAUUGUUAUCAAGUGCCUGAAAUUUGGAGCAGCUGACUACCUGGUAAAGCCUCUCAGAACUAAUGAGCUAUUGAACUUGUGGACACACAUGUGGAGAAGAAGGAGAAUGCUCGGACUAGCAGAGAAGAACAUCUUAAGUUAUGACUUCAAUUUGGUUGUAUCAGAGCCCAGUGAUCCUAAUACAAAUAGCACUACUCUUUUAUCGGAUGACACCGACGAUAAGUCAAGGAAGUGUAUUAAUCCAGAAAUGUGUCCCUCUACUAUGCUGCAAGAAGAAGCAAGAUAUAAGUCUAUUCCUUCAACUGAUGCUGCUCCCGUAGAGACUGCAGUUGUAGUUCCAUUUGAGCAUCAGCCUGAUGCACCAGGAACUGAUGAUCAAAGGACAGGAGAAAUUUCACUAUUUCCUAAGAAGAGUGAAUUGAAGAUAGGUGAGUCUUCUGCCUUCUUUACAUAUGUCAAGUCAAGCUUGCCGAAAAGCAAUGGCCAAAGCCCAACCUCUAUCCAUGGAAGUGUGCCUCAGCAAUUGGGGAUUGAAGAAAAGACUUCAUUGGGAGGACAUGAACACAUUGAUACUAACAUACAAGUCACUGGAGAUGUAGAAAGUCACUUGCAAGGUGAUGGCUAUCCAAAAAGCAACAAUAUUCCAAAGUCUUUAUCUAUUGAGAGGUCAUGUACUCCCCCUUUAUCACAGGAAUUUCCACAUCACAGGAACUCAAAAAUGGAGGAAUUCUCUCAGGUGCAUAUGCAUCUCAAAAAUGAGGCUCAGCAUGGUGUUUCCAGUUUUCAUGCACAAACUCCUUAUCCCUAUUAUAUUUCAGGAGUAAUGAAUCAAGUCAUGAUGCCAUCAACUCAAAUUUAUCACGAGAGCCUGCAACAUCUCCAUAAUCAUGCUAAUUCAGCUAUGUUGCCUCAAUACAAUUAUAUGCCGCGAUAUCCUCAUAUGCAUGGAAUAUCAUCACAUCCUUUCUACCCGAUCGGCAUGUGCUUUCAACCAGGUCAAUUGCCAGCAGCACAUCCGUGGCAUUCAUUUGGCAGUUCAUCUUCUGCUGAAAUCAAGGUGAGCAAAGUUGAUCUAAGAGAGACAGCUUUGAUGAAGUUUAGACAGAAGAGAAAGGAAAGAUGUUUUGACAAGAAGAUUAGGUAUAUUAACCGGAAGCAACUGGCAGAGCAGAGACCACGUUUGAGGGGACAGUUUGUAAGGAAGGCCAAUGGUGUGAAUGUAGAUGUCAAUGGGCAACCUUCUUCAGCAGGCAAUGACGAUGUUGAAGAAGAGGAAGAGGAGGAAGUACAAAUAGAAUAUUUGGAUUCUUCACACGAGGAUGAUCUGUGAACAUGUCAGUUGAUUGCAACUUUGUGAUAGUUUUCUCUUGUAUUAUCAGAAUUCCCUGGGACGGAGAUGUACGCUCAUGGAUGAAUGCAGAAUGACGCCUUGUUCUACAUGCACACAAAUGGCACAAGCUUGCUUUCCGCUGCCAAUCAACGGCAUCUGUGGCCUACAUGCACUAUCGGGUGUGCAAUGAGAUUGAAUGUUAUUCCUGCUCCCUAUCACUUUCAGUCCUGUGAUUUAGAGCUUAAGUGGAAACUCUUGAGAGCACCCUGGACAUGAGAUCUUAUGUGUGGCAGGUGCUAUGGUUUUGCCAUGUUAUGUCCCUGGAAGUAAAAGUUCUUAGAUCCAUGUUGGAACGAGGGAAGCAGAGC